CCUGUCGUCAUUUCCCUAAUGUUAAACGGAAACUGGCGAGUCCAUGAAAUAGAGAAAAGCUGCGAGAGGUGAUGCUUGGACGAAUAAAUAAUCAAAUAACCUGACAAAAAUACGAAGGGACUGUUUUCAGUUGCUUGAUUGUUAUAUAGCGCCAUCGACGGAAGACCAACAGCAAUGUCUGCCCAAGCUCAAAUGAGAGCUUUGCUCGACCAGCUAAUGGGAACAGCGAGGGAUGGUUCAGUGUAUCUUUGCCAGCCUACAUCAAUCUGCAAAGGAGUUGCAGAAAAGCCUCAUGUUCAUCGAGCCGUAUGGGCAAGAAAACUGUUCCCAUUUAUACUUUUCUACAGCGGGUUUAAAAUUCUGCAGCUGAGGUCUUGAAGAUGCAGAAGGGGGAUGAGACGCGGCAGAGGGUGAAGUUCACCGACGAGCGAGUCUGCAAAAGUCAUCUUCUAAACUGCUGUCCACAUGACAUCCUGUCUGGAACUCGAAUGGACCUGGGGGAGUGCACGAAGAUCCAUGACUUGGCACUUCGGGCAGAUUAUGAAAUUGCCUCCAAGGAGAGAGAUCUGUUCUUUGAGCUUGACGCGGUCGAUCACCUGGAGUCAUUCAUUGCCGACUGUGACCGGAGGACAGAACUAGCCAAGAAGCGCCUGGCUGAGACCCAAGAAGAGAUCAGUGCUGAGGUUGCAGCAAAGGCAGAGAAGGUUCAUGAACUGAAUGAGGAAAUAGGGAAGCUCCUGGCCAAGGCUGAGCAGCUUGGAGCCGAGGGCAACGUUGAUGAGGCCCAGAAGGUCCUGCAGGAAGUGGAGAAGGUCCGCACUAGGAAGAAGGAUGCAGAGGAAGAGUACAGAAACUCCAUGCCGGCCUCCAGCUUCCAGCAGCAGAAGCUUCGGGUGUGCGAAGUCUGCUCUGCUUACCUGGGUCUCCAUGACAAUGACCGUCGUUUGGCCGACCAUUUUGGUGGGAAGCUUCAUCUGGGCUUCAUUCAGAUCAGAGAGAAACUGGACCAACUAAAGAAAACUGUGGUCGACAAGCAGGAGAAAAGGAACCAGGAGCGCUUAAAGAGACGAGAAGAGAGAGAGAAAGAGGAAAGGAUGAAGAAGAAGACCAGAUCACGGAGCAGAGAGCAUAGAAGGUCCCGUUCUCGUGACCGGAGAAGGAGACGCUCGCGCUCCUCAUCACGAGACAAGCGCCGUUCUCGCUCACGCUCCAGGGAGAGGAAGAGGAGGCAUCGCAGCCGAUCCCGCUCUCGCAGCCGAGGACACCGUCACAGCCACGAGCAGAGCUCCAAACACAAGUCGUCCAGGGACCGAGAGCGCUCAUCCAGAGACAGGUCACGGGAGCGCGACAGGCGAGACGGUAUGAACGGCAGAUCGGACUCCCGCCGGGCAGACGACAGGGACAUGGGGGACCUCUAAAGACCAAACUCGGCAUCUAUCACGACACACAACCUCCUCCUGUCUCUCUCACCUGUCUGUCCAUUUAUAAUAACCUAAUGUUACACACAGUCCUGGCCUUGACCCCAUUGUUCUCCCGCCUGCCUCCUUUGUUUGCUUUAACAGUUAAUGCAGCCGACCCAGAGUGUACACGUACCUGAAAUACUAUGGAUUAAAAUAUCUAGCAUCCAGAUAUAUUGGAAGAUUGCAUUGAGAUAGGGGGGAUUAGUUAUUGAUCAGCAGUGGAGUGUAUUGUGACCCACAUCUGUAAUUUGGUGGCUGUCUGUAUCCAAUACAUGUCUUGUUAUAAACUGCCCUACAACAGAAAAAGUGACCAUAAACUGAUGGUCUGCUGGGCUGAAGCAUAAAAUGUAACUGAUCUGCGUCUUUUAUCAUUAACCGAAGGUCUUUUGAUACACAGUCUGUCUGUAAAUAUGGUUUGGGCCCACUGAUUGUAAAGGUCUGAAAGGCCUCAUCCUGUCGAGUUGUUUUGUUUCACCAGCUCCUGGUAAACAGCACUUGGUGUUUGAAAGUUCCAAGUAUUCGUAUUAACCUAAUUUCCCUCAUUAUCCUUUUUUUUUCCUUUUUUUUUUAACUAUCAAGUUGUAUUUUAUGCUGUCAGUAGUGAAGGGAAUCUAUUUGAUUGAGAGUUUGGCCAGUGCUUGUUUUGAAGUCUCUUGUUUCAGUUUGUUUCGAUCUUGAUUUUGUUUAUUUAAAAUAAUGAAAAUAAAUGGUUCCUCCAAAGUUAGUGUCGGCAUGCAAAGCAGUAGGUUCAGAAAUUAUACAGUGGAAAUUCAUUGCUAUAACUGUACAUAACCUUUUGUUAGUCGAGACAUGAGUUGAAAUUUUGACCCAAACAGAUUUUAAUGGAUGCAUUGCUUUACCUAAUGUGUGAAGUCAUAUCUGUUUAUGUUCUGCUGGAAAUCUUUCUUUGAAGUCUCUAAAUAAAAGAAAUCCCAACAUUUUA